AUGAGUUAGGUAACAAUGACUCUGUCUGGGGGGAGCUAUUAGUCUUCUCAUUUCCUGCAUGGGCCUGAGUGCAUGCUGUUUGGACAGCUCAGGGGGUUCUGCUUUCACCUCCUUGGCUUCCGGAAGGGACUGCUCCCUGCAGUUAGCUUUGCAUGGGGGCUUGUGAUCUUUCCUAGAUGAUAGCCCGGGGCUCAGAGAGGCUGAGUGCCUUGUCCAAGGUGUCACAGCAGUUAGAGGGAGUCGCUGGCAUUGAAGCAGGUCUCUGAAGCCAAGGCUCCCCCUCCCCCUCAGUGGGGAAGCUGUCCAGUUUCUGACCCCAGACAUUGCUUCAGGAAAUUCUGUCCCCAGUGUCAGAGCUCAGCAACCUCUGGCAGGUGUGUCCAGCCAGUUCCCCACGUCGCUGGCGGAGGUCCAGCUGCAUCCUGAGACCACAGGCCUCAGACGCCCACGUACGUCUCCCGCGGCCCACACUCUGACCUUGAUCUGCAACUGAAUAAAGGCUGGGCCCCGGCAGCCGGGCUGGGUGGGCUGGCUCCUCUCCUCCGUGUUCUCUCCCCAGGGGCCUCCCCGCAGCCUGUGGCCAUGACACAGCUGCUGCUGCUCAUCGUGUUUCUCCUGGUCCUGGGCCACGUGCCUCCAGGGAGAAGUGAGUUCAAGCGGUGCUGGAACGGCCAAGGAGCCUGCCGGACCUACUGCACCCGGCACGAAACCUUCAUGCACCUGUGCCCGGACGCCUCCCUGUGCUGCAUCCCCUAUGGCGUUAAGCCUGCGGCGGCCCACAAGCCAUAAAACGUGGAGCUGGUUCUGGGGCCGGCACACUCGCUCUUCAUAAAACACGUGCUGCC